AUUGUGGUCAGAGUUCCAGCAUGCUAACAUGAAAACACAGAGGGAGGAGAUACGGCGGCGGGUAAACAGCAACGGGGCAACUACACAUUUGGCUCUAUGUCUGUAGUAAACAUAUUUUCGGACAGAGAAGGAUAUCUGGACUCCUACGAGUCUUCAAUGUCAGCCCUUCAGGCUCAGAAUUGCUGCUAGACUUCAUCCUCACACAACACUACUGUACCAAGACAAGCUUGGUGUGAAAAGCUUUAUUGACUUCUAUGGUGGUGUGGCAGGAGUACACAACUCAGGAAGAUGGCAUCACCUUUUGUGCCUGUUCCUGUGCCCAUGGACAGAGCCUUGUCCCGUGGUAGCAACAAGCUGAGACGGGCGCAGCGAGCUUCAUCGCUAGGAAGUGUCUCCAGCAGCUCAGAGUCUUCGUCUUCAAUCGCCAGGAUGGCUGGGGAGGAACAUGGGGGAGUCGGAUGCGGAGAAUUAGAUUCCCAACAUCAGUCUCGCUGUGCGGACAGGGGUGGCCGCAGCCGAACGCCCCCACCCCUUCAGAGCCCUGUGACACGGGCUAAGUUGAACGGGACUCUGGAACCAUCUGUCGAAUACUCGAGCUGUCCGCGGUCUAUAUCGGAUCCUAGUGGUAGCCAGCAAGCUGAGGAGAGGCCUAUCACCCCCACUGUGCUGGGGUAUGAGGUCAUGGAGGAGAGGGCCAAGUUCACGGUGUAUAAGAUCCUGGUGAGAAAGACUCUAGAUGAGAGCUGGGUUGUUUUCAGAAGAUACGCUGACUUCUCAAGACUCAAUGACAAGCUGAAGGAGACGUUUCCAGGCUUCCGCCUCUCACUGCCUCCUAAGCGCUGGUUCAAAGACAACUAUGACAGUAACUUCCUGGAAGACAGACAGUUAGGACUGCAAGCUUUUUUGCAAAACUUGGUUGCACACAAGGACAUCGCCAACUGCCUGCCGGUGAGAGAGUUUCUGUGUCUCGAUGAUCCACCUGGGCCUUUUGACAGUCUGGAGGAGAGCAGGGCGUUCUGUGAGACUCUGGAGGAGAGCAACUAUCGUCUUCAGAAGGAGCUGCUAGAGAAGCAAAAGGAGAUUGCCUCCCUAAAGAGGAGACUGGAGGAGAGGGAGCAAGCCAUCCUACUACUGGAAAAGCAUAUCAACGAUGAGUGUGUUAGUCCAGAGUCUCCAUGUCGACUGUCAGCUCAGGGCAGUGAGAGCAGUGCAGAUGUGGAGUCAUCUGCUGCAGAGGCCGAUCAGGACAUCCCUGAAGACACCGGUGGCAGGUGUGAGGUGCAGCCUGUGCGAUCCUCUGCCUGUUGGUGCGGUCCGUCGCUCAGCGUCUCUCCUCCCGUCAUCCAGGUCACUCAGCUCUACCACAAGAACUCAGAACACUAACAAUAAACCCGGGUCUUCCUCGCCAUCUCUUUUUGUUCUCCCUGCCUUCUUUUCCUCCUCCUCACUGCAGCAUUAGUCCACAUGUUUGUUUGGGUUGUUUGUUUUUUAGUUUUUCUUGUGUUCUUAUUUGUACUUUGCCUUUACCACGUCCUUUCACAUCUCAUCUUACUACCUGUCAAGAGGGCAAGUGAUGUUUCAUUGUCCAGUCAUGGAGUUGGAUGAUACCUCAAGAUCUGGACUUAAAAGAGAAUGGUUGUAUACUAAAAGCAACAAACCAUGGGAAAUUUUAUCCGGCACCUACAGAAGAUGUUGAACACCUUGUUGGGACUUUGGACUAAAUGGAUCUGUCUGACAGUGUGUUUGGAUUUCUUGGUCCUGAUGAUUCACUUUUGAACCCAGUGUGUAUCCACAAGACCUCAUGAGUUAGAGCCCAAAGCCAAAGUCUGAAUUUUUGACCAAAAAGGAGAAAAGGGCAGAUUUCACAAUUGUGACAAUCUAUAUGAAAUCUGAAUUAUAAUCUCAAUAGUUUUCGCUGCAGUCCUUUGCCUUAUGGUAUCUUAGUUGUUAUGAGAGGCCCUCUUUAUAAACCAGGGAAACGACACCCCCGUGUGGCUGUUCAAAUAAAAGUCUGACUCAGGAUAAGCAGGUAACAGGUGUGUUUGACAGAGGAUUGGUAACGAUUGGUCUGCAGGUACUUCAUCUCAUUGCAGUGUACUGCCAUUUACUGUUAUUGUGGUAGACGGUCCUUCCGUCUUGAAAAUUGCCAUUGUGUCUCCACUUUCCGGUGCAUCUAAAAGCUACAUUCCACCCUGUUUUAGUGCCAUGUGUCAUAAAUCAUGUCCUGAUGGGGGCAUUUAGUCUGUACCAUACUGUGUCAAAGCCAAGGAAUGUAAAGGUCGACAUGUAUACUAAUCGUGUCGUUACCAAGAAACAUUCCUGCAUAUAUGCAUAAACAUUUGAAGGCAUUAAUUUUCCAGGUGAAGGUCAUUUCACAAAUCUUUACACCAGACCUCUCCUGGCACUUCUUCUGGAUUUCCUUUUUUUUUUUUUUUUCAAGGCCUACUGUGGCGUGAUUAAAGGACAAGAAUGGCAUUUUUGCUCACAUAUGUAGGAAUGAGGAUUUGGUUUUAGCUGCUGUGGAUUUUAAGAUAUCAGAUCUAACAGCUACUUCUUCGUAUUUUGAUAAUCCACGUAGGACGUUGUCGAUUGUUUUGUUUUUUUUCUACUGGCAUUGCAGUUACAGCAAUAGUCACGUUAGUCAUGUUUUGGGGCAUCCUAGGAAACCUCGACAGAAUUUUUAUUUCAGAUGUUUCAAAAUCCCAGCUGAUAAAACUAUCGACCAGGUGAGAUACUCAGGAGUAUAAUUAUAGAAUUAUAACUAUAUAAUUUGGGUGAAAGACACAAAGAGGUGAAAGCUCCUCAAGUAUACAGUGGUGCUAUUCUUUUUACCUGAAAAAUCCUAAAGUUUAAGACCUGACGGGCUGGAAAAAGAGGGAAAACAAGGCCAACGUAGUCAUCGUUUCAAAGCCUUCAAAGCUUGUUAGGAUGCAAAACCAUCGGGCUGGUAUUUGAGGAAGAAGUGAAUGCCACAGGCAACUAAUAAACUCACAGUUUAGCUUUGUUGGCUCUUUAUCUGCAUCAAGACUGUUAUUCAUUAAAUCAUCCACUAAAGCCAUAUUUUUACACUUAAGAGCACUUGAGAGGCAGACGUUUCACGUGUGAUCGAGUGUGCUGAGCAGCUGUUGUUUUCACUCUUUCAUGAUGACUACGAAGGAUAUAAUGGCUACGGGGGAUGUUGACUUGUCUCAAACUAGGCCUGGAACAGGUCAUGUGAUGCACUUUAUGGAUGAAUGGCAACACGCAAUGUUUGCUAGGAUAUUGUUUUUACUAUUAUAACACAGAAAUAUGCCUUUUAGCUCACCUGAUCUGUCCUGGCUCCCAACUGUAUAUGAAAUGUCACAGCUUGGUUAACUUGUAUUUAGUUCUGUUUGUCUGUAAAUUCAUUUGUUGUAUAAUUCUAAGUGCCUUGAAUAUUUCCACUCGGCUCUUUUUUUUUUUUUUUUUUAUAUGUUGGAAUAGCUUUAUAGGUUUGUGUACAACGUGUGACAUAUCCACUACAUCCCCCUGAUGGAACUAAUGUUUUAAAAACACUUCUGUGUAUAUGUGAAAGAGAUGCUUUUGUUAUAUUACAUGAACUGAUAUGGAAAUUUAGUUCAGAUAUACACUUGUAGUUGCACUAUAAAAAUUGACAUAAUCUGUAAUGUCCCCAAUUGAAAGGGUUUAUUCACUGAGUAAUCUGAAAUGUAUGCUGUAGAUAUUGUUACACAUGCUAUAGCAAAAAUGUUUAUCAGAAAUAUUUAAUUCACAUGCAAUUAAACACGGAGUGAUAUAUUGAAA